AGCCUGCAAUUCUAGGAUGCCAACAGCAGGUGGAGCAACUGCCCUCAGGACAAGCUAAGGGUGGCUCCGAGGGACACAACCAGGAAGGAGCAUAACAGGUGCACAGCCAGGGCUUUUCACCUUUGUCUGCCGUUGCCAUGGAACCGGCCAAUCAGAAUGCACACGGUUCACAAGGCUUUGGUUGUGUUGUAGCUGGGAAAGAAGGGCAGAAGAGGGCGGGGGCUCAAAGGGACAAGAGAAGCCUGCCAGGUAGAGGAAACGGCAGAGCCAAAAGAAGGCGGACUGGGACAGUGAGUCAGAGAGGCAAACGCAUUCAACAGAAAUGGUUAGAUGCUUGGAAAUCGAAGAAAGCCCGGACAGAAUAAGAAUGACAGAAAAGCCAAGCUCUCUUUCUAUCCCCAAGCUCAAUGGUGGCUCCAAAAUGGACAGUUAUCCCUACGAAGACAACCUGAGUGACAGUGGAGUAUCUGCAGACUUCUCUACAAGCAGCACUUUUGACAACCUCACCAUCAAGACCAACGAGACACCUAUCGAGCAGGAGAUCCGGCGGGCUGUACAACGAGAGCAGAGCCUACGGAGAUCUAGGGGGAUCAAACAUGUUCCGCCAACCACCGAGUAUGUGGAGAUCCCUCUGAAGAAGCCUGUUUUGUACUCCUGCCUUCCUGUGAAGACGGAGCAGAACCAGGGCAAAGACAGACAGAUUGCCGGUAAGAAGAUGCAGAAGGAGAUCCACGCGGAGGUGCAGAGGGAACAGGCUCUGGUCAGGCUCGGGACCGUCCCGGGCGUCUACGACAAAGGCACGGUGCGGCAGCUCAAAGAGAGGAAGCAGCUCUUUGAAGCCUUCCAGGAACCCAGGGACUCGUCCGGUAAUCUCACCCCGAGGACGAGUGCACCAUCCUGGGCUUCCACCAAUGACCUUUCCCCCGGGGAGAAGGCCUCGACAGCAGCCUCCCCUGCGGGUGGCUUGUCAUCAGGGAGGGGACGGAGCAUGGACCUGCUGAAUCAGAAGCAGCAGCAAAGUCCCACAUCCUCCCCCUGGAACAAGCCCGGGGGUUCCACCUCCUUCACAUCUCCCAAGGGGCCGGGGUUAUCCGAGGGGAACGGUUGCCAGGUGAUCAUCCUGGAGAGUAACCUCCCCUCCCUUAGCCUGUACCCCCCGCAGCCACUGCAGCAGAAUCAGAGAGCAGCCCCCCUCACGCAGAAACAAGCGGUCAAUGGGAUCGGCUCGGGGACAUCCAGCGCUUCUGCGUCCCUUGGGAGGGAAGAUGGCCUGGGGAGAACAGAGGAGGAGGAGGAGGAGGAGGAGGAGGAGGAGGAGGAGGAAGAGGAGCCCCUUCCCAAGGAGAACCCUUUUUUUAAACUGCGCCCCUCCUUAGCGGUGGACAAAGUGGAGCAGGAUAUCCGGGAGGCUCAGCAGCGGGAGAGAGAGCUCCGCAGGCAGAGAACCAGCCUGUACGGGGCCGCGAGGGCCAGGGGCGAGGAGAAGGCCAGUGGAGGGGGAUUGGUUAAUGGUGGGGGAGAACAGCUAUCCCCGUGCUGUGUUACGUCUCCUUCAGUCAACCCACUGGCUCCUCGUUCGGAGCUGUUCUCCCUGAGGCCCAGGCUGGCUGGGGCCCCAUCAGCGCGCCAGUCUCUUGGUAGACUGGGCCUGUGGCCCCCCCCAUCUCAGGAUGAAGAGAAGAACGAUAUCCAGCUGGAGAGUCCCAGGGCUGCCAGACAGAAGACACCUCUGCUGCAGCACUGGGAGACAGGACUGGUCAACAUGGGACACAAUGACGAAGACCAGUAGGAGGAAAAACUGAGAGAGUGGGAGAGGAAGAAAGAAAAGGGGGAGACAGAGGGAGAGAUAGAGAGGGAGAGAGAACGAGAAAGAGAGGGAGAGGAAGAGGGGGGAAGAGAGACAGAAGUGAUGGAGAUAGACAGGAAGGGGUUGGUUUCAAAGCCCUUACCAACAAGAAUGAAGAACAAAAAGUGUUGUUUAUGUUGCUCUAACAUCAACCUGCCAGGGUUUAGUUUUUUAACUAAAUCUGGUGCAUUUAUAUGUCCGAUGUAAUGGCCAUGUUGAUUAAUGCACACUGUCCCUUUUAAAUAUAUAAAAUGAUAGGAAUAUAACUUGAUUGAGGUAUGACUUAAGGAAAUGUGAUCCGAAAGGAUGGAGAAAGAAGGGAAUGGUGGGAAGAACUCAGAGAGCCCUAGUGAAUGGCGCUUCACACAUAAGUCACUUUGUAUAGAUAGAUAGAUAGAUAGAUAGAUAGAUAGAUAGAUAGAUAGAUAGAUAGAUAGAUAGAUAGAUAGAUAGAUAGAUAGAUAGAUAGAUAGAUAGAUAGAUAGAUAGAUAGAUAGAUAGAUUGAUAGAUUGAUUGAUUGAUUGAUUGAUUGAUUGAUUGAUUGAUUGAUUGAUUGAUUGAUUGAUUGAUUGAUAGAUCACAGCGCAACAACACAGGACAAGACAAAACAGAAACCCAGGGCGCAUAAGAAAAUAUGCAAUAACAAACAUUCAAAAAGGCACUAGUGUGUGUGGAGUAUGGAGAUGAGUCACAUAAUGGAAUUCAAUGGUACACUUGUUUUCUGUACACCCCUUAUGUUCUAAAUUGAAUUGCCCACCCCAAAAAAUCACCACAAUUUUUAACCAGCUAAAACAGCCUGAACAACUGGUUAAACCCUUUCAAAAGCAGAUGCAACCAAAGUCAUAUGAAGAGUGAACCUGAGGUUUCAUUUGUAGCCCAAGCAUUAUGUAUAUUUUAUGGAAUUUAAAUUCAACAGAAUUAAUCAUAUUUUUAUAUUUGAAUUAUUUUUCCGGUUGUAUUGCCUUGUGCUUAGAAAUAUAUUUUUAUUUAAAUUUGUAUUAACCUCAUGCUUGGAUUCUUAAGCAUGUCUGGGUAUAACAGAUUGAAUCAUCAGUCAAAUCACUUUGUCAUUCAUCAUGGUCUUUGCAUACAACAUGGAUUGAGAUAGAAUUGGUUAUUCUUUAAUUUAAGUCUUAAUAUUGGGUCUUUAGUGUCAUUUCCAUGUAUCCAUAUGGAUCGUCUGGUUAAUCACAGGGCUAAGCAGUUCACAGUUGUUCAGAAAGUUUGGGUUGAUACGAUUUUUUUCAAACAAUUAUAUUUUAUGGAGCACAUGUUUUUUUUUGUUAUUAUCAGUGUUCUAUUAUUAAAAUGAAAGCCUUAAUAUAAAAACUUUUAUUGCAUUGUUAAUCGCAAUGAUACUGGAAUGUUAUUGGUAAUUAUUUUGUUUUGGCCAUGGUCAUUAGUCAUUGUUAAGACAGCAUGACAUGAUUUGUUAUUAUGGGGAUAUAUUGAUCUGUUUAAACCCUGCCAAAGCGCGUCCUAUGUGAGACAUGGCAAAACAACGUUUUCAUUAGCCUUUUAGGUUACAUUAUACUUACGUUGAUAUGGGAGUUUACAGUCGACAACUCUCUCAAUGCAUAGCAGAAUAGUAGUAUCACCAACAAAGAGUGAUACAUUCUGAUGUAAAACCGUAUACUGUGUUUAUUCAGGAGACUUACAUUUAUGUUUGUAAUAAACCAGUCAAAUUGAGUAUUUUACAACACAAGGCGUUUCACAAUUACCCAUUUUACACACCAGCUGUUCUACUUUAGCCUUGCAUCGCGAGACGAAUUGCAAACUGCAAUGUAACCUCUCUGUUCAUGUUAGAGUUCCAAAAAGCAUCCCCAAGGGGAGCAGACAACAAUGCCUCUGGAAGCAAUUAGAUACGCCUACAACCAAUCAGAGCAAAGAUACGGGUGACGCAGCACUGAGCAACGAAAUGCCAUAUUUCUUCUCACUAAAAUAUUAAGUUCAGUUGGUUGUUCUUCUGUUAGUGAAAAUAUACAUUCCAGUUUGUUU